AUGUCGACCACAGCCACGAUUGUAGCUCCGCCGGAGCCUAAGUACGAAUACUACUUUCGCGACGGCACCAACGACAGUAAACGAGAAAUCUUGACUGGCGAUAAGGCCGUGCCGACAUUUGAGGAAGUACCGGUUGUUGAUAUCGGGAACAUAUUCACUGAUAACUUCGCCAAACGCCUUCAGAUAGCCAAAGAGGUUGCUGAAGUCUGCAAGACUGUCGGGUUCAUGUACAUCAAGAACCACGGCGUUUCGCAAGACUUGAUCGACCAAGUCUUCGAGAUGUCUCGCAAGUACCAUGCACAGCCCCUCGAGGUGAAGAAGGAGCAGGACGUGUAUCAGUCGCCCACACUCCGGGGAUACGAGAUCCACUACACGAAAACCCCCGCGGGCGAAGCAGUGAAGAAGGGAUCUUUCCUGUACAGUUAUGAUCCCGACAAUGAUCCACAACUGCCCAAUCUUACUCCGGCACAACGAGAGCUAUGCAUCGGCAUCCACAACCAAUGGCCGGAGAAGUGGCCUGAAUUCAGAGCCACGAUGCUGAAAUACCAGGCUGAACUCCUGAAGCUAGCUCGCGCCCUGCUUCGGACAUUUGCUCUAGGCCUAGGCGCAGAAGAGAAUUACUUUGAUCCUAUUGUCACCGCACCCUUUGUGAGCAUCAUACUGCAACACUAUGCGCCGAGGGAUCCGCAAGCGGAAGAUCUGGACGCAUUCACCAUCUUGAACCAAGACAUGAUCGGAGGACUCGAGAUUCUGAACAAGAACGGAAUCUACAUCCCAGCAAACCCGAUCCGGGGGACAUUUGUCGUCAACGUCGGGGAUUUCCUGCAACGCAUCUCCAACGACCAAUUCGUGUCCACCGUCCACCGGGUCCGAAACAGCUCGGGCGUGGACCGCUACUCGAUCCCCUUCUUCUUCAGCUUCAAUAUGGACGUUGCAGUACCGGUUAUGCCCGCGUGUACGUCCAAGGACAACCCUGCCAGAUAUGGGCCACGAAACUUGCAUGAAUACACUGCGGAGAGACGUCGACUCAAGAUGGAAACGCACAAGAAAGGAAUCCACGACGCGCUUGGUUGA